UAAAGGAGCACACCACGAGUCUCGGCCUUAACGGGUCAGCAGCGGUCAGGACCGGAGCGGUGGGGGGAAGAACAACUUUCAUCUGUUCACUGAUACCAUUAGACCGCCGCUCAACGGGGCUUUAACACCGCAGGCUGAGUCAACGUCCUUUAACAGAGGGUCCAGCUGCAAUGGACAUGAGGGCGGCCAGCCUCAUCCUCCUCUCCUCUCUGGUGCUGUGCAGCCUGAGCGGGAUCCAAUGCCAGAACAUACCGGCUGAGGAGGAGCCUGGAGAGCGCCCGAGCCUGGAGGAGAUCCUGCAGCGCGCGCACAGUAUACUCAUGCGCUCCAUCCUCAAGAAGAUGGAAGAAGAGGAGAACGCAGACGAGAUGCUGGCGCCUCAGCCAGAGUGGCUGGAGAAAAGGCAGCAUCCGGGCAAGCGCCAGCACCCAGGCAAGCGCGAGGAAGAGGAUGAGGAGGACGACGGGGACGACGAAGAUUACCUCGGGCUCCAGAAGAGGCAGCACCCCGGCAAGCGCGAGGACGAGGCGGACUUGAUCGAGCUGCAGAGAAGGCAGCAUCCGGGCAAGCGCUGGAUGCUGGAGCAGAUGCAGGAGACCCCCGGAGCCCCCAAUGCCUUUUUGAGCGAGCUGGCCAAGCGCCAGCACCCGGGCAAGCGGCUCGUGAUGUACAGCAAGCGGCAGCAUCCCGGCCGGCGCGAGGCGGACGCGGGCGAGCCAGGCGCUGGAGACUUGUUGGAGAUGGACAAGCGACAGCACCCGGGCAAGCGCUUCUGGGACGCCUCCGCGGCUUCGGACGCGUCCGCUGGUGGCCCCUGCGACCUCCUGGCUUCCCCCAGCUGCAGCAGAGCCAGCCUGCUGCUCGAGCUGCUCGACAACGUGAGCAAAAGCCGCGCGGAGGAGAAGAGGCAACAUCCAGGAAAGAGGCUGGCCGUGGAGGAAGAUCUACCAGAGCUGGAGUAGAGAAUUAGGUGGUGAGAAUUCAAAGCGUAAAGAUAAACAACCCAACACCGUUUUUAUUUUUAGGUCCAUAUUAUCCUGAGCCACAUGAGAUAUGCCGUAGUUUGGAUAAGCGCCCGCUCUUCUGCUGCAUUAGGAUAGAUGCCUAGAUUAUAAUUUAGAUCAUAAGAAUGCGUUUGAAUUAUGUAAAACGAUCUGCUCACUUGCUUGGUCGGCUAAAUUUAAGUCGCAGAGCGUUUGGUUAUUUGCAGCAGUGUGUGCGUAAUUACGCACGGAGCGCUUUUACGCAUGUGUCCCGGUUGCGCUCUUACACUGCAGCUCAUUCUCUGCUCAUAACAGCUACAAGUUUACAGUACUAGUUUAGCGAAACAUCUCUUUAGUUAACGAGAUGUGUUUGCAGUUCUCAGAUCUGCGCAGCUCUGACUAAACUAAAUUAAACUGAACUAAACUAAACUAAACUGAACUAAACUAAACUGAACUAAACUGAACUAAACUGAACUGAACUGAACUAAACUGAACUGAACUAAACUGAACUAAACUGAACUGAACUGAACUGAACUAAACUGAACUGAACUAAACUAGGCUAAUGUCUCAUGUGCUCAGCACACAGAAUGCACCGGUUUCUGCUUUCCACAGUCAAGCUCUUUGUGUUAGUUCUGUACAAUUCGAGUGGAUAUUCCUUGCGAAACGGGUCGCGCGAAUUAUUUUUCUACAGUAUGUACGUGCAUGAGUUGGAGAACUUGUCGAUCUGUAAAUUAUUUAUGUUUCUAUGCUAUACAGCAUAAAUGUAAAUUACAAUUAUGUAUAAUAAAAUGCUUUCGAUGAGAAUGA